AUGCCAGGAAAAAAUGGACAAGAUGGUUCGGAUGGAAGGGACGGCUUCAAUGGUCGCCCAGGAGCAACAGCACCGCCAGACUUUUGGAAAAAAAUGAAUGUAUACAAAACAUGCACCACUUGUCCACCUGCGCCUCGAGGUCCCAGGGGACCACGAGGCCGUAAAGGAUUUCAAGGACCAAAAGGAAGUGCAGGAAUUCCCGGUAAAUCCUAUGGCAAUGCCUAUAUCACGAGUAUUGCAGGAGAAGUAGGACGUCGGGGGCCACAGGGGCCGAUUGGUGAGCCUGGUAGAAAGGGGCCUCCUGGCGAUCCGGGAAUUAUAAUCGAAGUAAUUGGACCUGCAGGAGUCCCUGGCCGACAAGGUAGACCUGGUCCUCCGGGAAGAGUUGGUCCGAAAGGGCGGCGAGGAAGACCCGGGGCAAGAGGACCAAAGGGAAUGAAGGGAAAUCGCGGUACUUGGGGUAGGCAAGGGAAACGUGGCUUCGUUGGGCCCCCGGGCAUACCAGGUAUUCCUGGCAUACCUGGUAGCUGCAUGCAUUGCCCUAUUCCACGAACCGUGUCAGGUUAUUGA